AUGGCCGCCGAUGCCGCUCCUAUACAGCAAAUCAUCACCCUCUUCACCCAUCUGAAUACGAACUCAGCUCGACACGAUGCGUAUCAUCGCAUUUUAGACCUACUGAACCCCCAUGAAUGGCGCGAUGUACAAAAGCGCAUCAACCAGCGCUCCUUUCAAAAAGAUAUUCUAGCGGAAUCGCCUCCAGAAAUCGCAGUCCAAAUCGCUCAGUAUCUUGACCUUUCUGACCUCUUUAUCCUUCAAAGGCUACUGUCCUCGGAACUGAUCCAGGGUGCUGUAUACCAACAAUACACAGGGCAUGUGGGCGCAGCAGCACAUGUCCUAACUAAUCACUUCACCCAGUAUGCCAAGUAUAGAAUCCGUCUGGAGCGUGGCCUACCCAUUUGCAAUCUCCAGGCCCCCAACCUCUUCCCAACAGAUGGCUCGAAGCUUGAAUGCUUGGAUUACGCCAGUGGAAGGUGUGCUUGGCUAGAUAACGGCACCCAUGUCGUCGUGCACGAUCUCUGCAAGCGCUCCACCCAGCGUUUUUGCACGGAGAAUCGAGAUUCGUUCUGGGAUUUGCGUCUCUCCGAUUCCAUGGUGGUUGCGAUCAGCGCGCGUGCACACCCAGCUCAUCCCGAGUCUAGAUACUGCCACGCCUGGAACCUUGAAACGGAAGAACACGCCUCGUUUCGCAUCCCCGCUUUCAGCUUUCGGGCCUUCGUUGUUACUGGUCUCAAGGUUGCUCUGAGUUUCAUCAACCAUUCUGCAGCUGGUGACGAGGAGUCCAAGAUCUAUUACUGGGACAUGAGCUCGCGAACUGCUCGUACCAUCCAAAUAGCACCCCAUCUGGCAUUGAUAGGCCUGCAACCCACCACCAACAGUGUGACCACUCUCCUCCUCGAAAGAGGAGAUGAUCCCACGAACCCCCACCAUUCGCCCUGGGACAGACUACGUGUCGUAAAACACACCUUCGAUGAUCACGGACGCACCACCAGUCCACUACCCUCCUAUACAUUACAUUUACCGUUCCCUAUUCAGCCUGGCUGGACUAUUGCCGACAUAUCAGACAGCUCUACAAACAACUUAGCCGUCUUUAACUGCACCCCGCCGCCUCAACCCAGUGCGCUGUCGGCGACGACGACAACGACCACCCUUCACUAUGUUCUUGUAGUCUCCUAUGACCCGCAGCGGGACCAGAUUCACGUGCACACACUGCCCCAGGAAGAAGGCACACCUUAUUUUCCCUUUUGCAAGACCGCGCUGGAUAGUGAUCUUCUCUACUACGUAAAGAGUGAUAGGGGGAAACCGGCCAUUUGGAUCUCCAGUCCAGCCUCCCGCAUCCCUCAUCGCCCGGCUGAAUCCAUGAGUCUCGGGUUGCCUCGAGAAGCCUCGAAUGCCAUCUAUACGUAUGCGAACAUGUUCACUCUCUACGGCGAUCGCGACUUUGUUCUCCUGGUCCACGAGACCGAUGUGAAAGUGUGGCGGUUUAAAGACACACAACCUCCAGAGUCUGUCAAUCUGGCGCUUCUAGCAGCAUGA